AUGAUGACUUGCGUCGUAGCGCUCGCCUGCGCCGCCCUCCUCGUCGCGCUCAUCCUCGCCGCGCACCGCCUCAUCGACGCCAUUGCCUGCGCCGUCAGCCGGCGGCGUCUGCGUGCCAAGGUCGCCGCAUGGACGCCGCCGGCAGUCUCCUGGAUUGCAAGACAGCAGAGUGUGGUGGUGAUCGUCAACCCAAACGCCGGCGCUGGGUGGGGCGACUGCGUCUACGAGGACGUCGUACGGCCGAUGCUGCGGCGCGCGGGCGUCGAGCACGAGGUCGUGAGAACAACGUGCGCCGGCAUGGCCGAGCGCGAGGCUGCUGAGCUCGCCUCACGCAAGGUACCGGUCGACUGCGUACUGAGCGUCUCAGGCGACGGGCAGCUUCACGAAUGCCUCAACGGGCUGCGCGGCGGCGGCACUGGAGGCCGCACCGCGCUGGCAGUCGUCCCGGCCGGCACCGGCAACGGCAUGAGCGACACGUGCUUCGGCCGCGGCAGCGACGCGUUCGAGGCCUUGUGUUCGAUCCUGUGCGCGUCUGGGCCGACGCCUGUCGACGUGAUGCGCCUGACGUACCCCGACGAGCCGGCGCGGACGCCGCGGCACGACCUGCACUUCUUCUGCUGGGCCGCCUUUGCGGACCACGACUAC